AUGGCGAUCAAGCACAACCAGCAGAUUCCCAACAACCAUUUCCGCAAGGAUUGGCAGAGGCGCGUCAGGUGCCACUUCGACCAGGCUGGCAAGAAGGCUUCCCGCCGUGUCGCUCGCCAGGCCAAGGCUGCUGCUCUUGCCCCUCGCCCGGUUGACAAGCUCCGCCCCAUUGUCCGGUGCCCCACUGUCAAGUAUAACCGCCGCACCCGCCUCGGCCGUGGUUUCUCCCUCGCUGAGCUCAAGGCUGCUGGUAUCCCCAAGCUCCUUGCUCCCACCAUCGGUAUCUCGGUUGACCCCCGCCGCGCCAACCUCUCCGAGGAGUCCCUUGCCGCCAAUGUCGAGCGCCUGAAGGCCUACAAGGCCCGCCUCGUCGUCUUCCCCCGCAAGUCCAACAAGCCCAAGAAGGCCGAUACCCCCAAGGACCAGCAGGCCGGCGAGACCAUCAAGAGCGUCGCCGCUGCUUUCGGCGUCGAGUCCCCCAUCGUCUCCGGCUUCAAGGAGAUCAACAAGUCCGAGCUCCCCUCCAACGUCGAGGGUGGUGCUUUCCGCGCCCUCCGCAAGGCUCGCUCCGACGCCAAGCUCGUUGGUGUCCGCGAGAAGCGCGCCAAGGACAAGGCUGCUGCCGAGGCCGAGAAGAGCAAGUAA